AUGCAAGAAACACGCCAAUAUCAAAGCGAAAAUAUGCCAGGCAUUAAACGACAACACGAUGGUACUUCCAAGGAGAAAUCCGAGAGGAAGGUAGAGGAGACAGAGGAGAAGUCGGGAGCUUCUUUAAGUCCCUUCAUGCCGAUGUUUGAGGGUUUCAGAGCAGAGUUGGAUGAACAUCAUGAUCGGAGAGAGAGAAUUAUUAAAGCCGGAAGAGAUAUUACGGCGGGAAGUAAGAAAAUAGUGCAAAAACUUCAACAACCUCUUCCACAGAGAAUAGCUAAGGAAACUUCAGAGAAACUCGCUACAAUCCAUGAUCUCUUCACCAGUAUAUCACCUGAUCUCACGGGUGUCAAUUCUUGGCGUUAUCAAAGACAGAUUUCAGGUGGUAUUCAAGAAUACAUGGAAGCUGUAUCAUUUUCUCACUACCUCACCGAACAAACUUUAAUUCCUCUCUCGACUGCCCAGGCUUCUUUACCUGACGCGGUAAAUCUUACGGGUGAUGACUAUGUUCUCGGGAUUUUUGAUCUGGUAGGCGAGAUGAUGAGAUUUGCUAUUACGAGGAUGGCGACGGAUGGGGGAUUGCCGGGGAGAGAAGAGAGAACCAUUCUGGCGGAUUUGAGGGAUAUCAGGAUGAGGUUUGAAGAGAUGGAUACGACGAGGUGUGGGAAUGUGGGGUUGGGGAGGGAUGUGGAGAAGAAGAUGGAGGUUAUGAGGACCUGUGUGGAGAAGGUCGAAACGGCGGUUUAUGGGAUGAUUGUUAGGGGGAGGGAGAGGCCGAAAGGUUGGGUGAUGGAUAUGCCGGAUGAGGGGAGGAGUGCCGUGGAGAGUUAUUAG